AUGAUAAUAUUAUUGAUAUUUAGCGCCUUUACGAUAGGUGUUUUUGGAAAACCAUUAAAUGAUGCAUGUGGUUACGAGUCCUGUCACGCUACGGAUCCCGAAAAACUUAACGUGCAUCUAAUUGCCCACUCUCAUAACGAUGUAGGUUGGUUACAUCCACAAGACCAUUCGUAUUGGGACGAAGUCGACUAUAUAAUUUCUUCGGUAGUCUCAGCUUUACUAAUAAACUCAAACUGGAGGUUCAGUCAAACUGAGCAAUACUACUUCCAUAAAUGGUGGUUACUUCAAGAAGAUGAAGUAAAGGACAAAGUAAAAUCAUUAAUAAAUUCUGGAAGAUUAGAAAUCGUUAAUGGAGGUUGGUGUAGCAAUGAUGAAGGAAUUACUCACUAUCAAUCUAUUAUCGAUCAGCUAACCCUAGGACACAGAUUUCUUGAAGAAGAAAUUGGUGAGUGUGCCAGGUCCAGAGUGGGUUGGCAAAUAGACACCUACGGUCACAGCAGCACCCAAGCUCAAAUUUAUAGUCAAAUGGGCAUGGACAGUAUGUUGUUUUCGCGUUACGAUUUUCGGGAUGAUGAAAAUAGAAGGAAAUCAAAAACAACCGAUUUUAUUUGGACCAGCAGCCCUAAAAAUAUAGGAAACGAUUCAAAUAUUUUCACAUCAGCGAUUUACAGAGCUUAUAAUUAUCCUCCCGGUUUUUGUUACGAUGAUUUUUGUAAUGAUAAAUUGAAUGACCUUGAUGAUCCAACUCUCAAUAAUAUUGAAGAAAGGGUAAAAGCUUUCGCUGAAUAUAUUAGGACUCAGGCAGAUGGAUAUCUUUCGAAUAAUAUUCUUGUUACAAUGGGAGACGAUAUGAAAUACAAAAAUGCAUAUUCCAAUUUUAAUUUAAUGGAUAAAAUAAUUCAAGGUUUUGAGACAUAUCCCCAAACAUACAACGGCAAACAAAUUAAAUUAAUCCAUUCAACUCCAUCAUGCUAUGCAAAGGCUGUAAAUGAGUACGUAACUAAUAAUGGGGAAGAACUGAAUGUAAAUACGGACGACUUUUUCCCUCUGGGCACAAGCGGAUUGCCCUCGUACUGGAACGGAUAUUAUACCUCACGUCCAACAUCUAAAAGAUACGAAAGAAUUGGAAAUAAUUUAUUGCAGGUUUCAAAACAAUUAGCAGUUUUUGCUAAUCAGUCACGAGAUGAAAACUUCAAACUCGAAAGUGCAAUUGCAGUGAUGCAACAUCAUGAUGCAAUUACUGGAACGGAACCUGAACAUGUUCAAAAGGCCUAUCACGCAAAUAUUGCUCAGGGAAUUCAAGCGUCCAUUCAGAGUAGUAGCAAAGCCAUCACAAAAAUUGUCGGAUUAGAUCCUUUGACUGAUAAUUUGGAAUUGAAAUAUUGCCCAUUGGCAAACAUAAGUAUUUGUCCCGAUACUAAGAUUAAUGAAUUUAAUAUAAUCGUUUACAACCCACUCGCUGAAAAGAUUAGGCAACACAUUCAAAUACCAAUUGACGAUGGAACUUGGAUUGUAACGGAUUCCGAAGGCAAUGAGUUGCCAACUUUAUUAAGUAAACUCACCAGAGAUUAUGGAUUCGUCGCUGAAAAUCUUGGAGUUCCUUUAAACACUCACAUUUUAAUAUUUUCAGCAGAAAAUAUUCCGGCGCUUGGUUUCAAUGUUUAUAAUAUUAAGAAAACUAACGAUGUAUCUGCUGAGCCACAUACAAAGACUGUAAAGGAUUUGACAGUUUCUGAAAAAAUUGGUUUCAAAAAUAACUAUGUAAAAAUUGACGUAGAUACAGGAUUCCUUAAGCAAAUAGCCGUAAACUCAAUUGAGAUAGAUUUAUCUCAGGAAUUUAUGUACUACCACAGUGACUACGACUACUCGGGAACUUGGAUGUUCCGUCCAGAUGGUACAGUCAGAGAUGCACAAAAAAUUACAGACAAUAUUAAUGUUAACGUUGUUGAACACUCAAAUAUUAUCGAAGUACGUCAGACAUUUAACAGUUGGGUUACCCAAGUAAUUAGAAUUUAUGAGAAUGAAGAUCAUAUAGAGUUUGAUUGGACUAUUGGUCCAAUUGACAUUGAAGAUAAAGUUGGCAAAGAUGUAAUAUCAAGGUUUACAACUAAUUUAGAUACAGGAGACGUAUGGUACACUGACUCAAAUAGUAGAGAAAUUGUAAAGAGGGUGAGAAACAGUAGGCCGACAUUUGAAAUUAAUACAGACCAAGAGCCAGUUACCCAGAAUUAUUAUCCUGUUUCCUCAAGAAUUGUCAUGAAGGAUGAAAAGCAAGGACUUGAAUUUGCAAUAAUUACAGACAGGGGCGAAGGUGGUAGUAGUUUAGAAAGUGGACAAUUAGAACUUAUGGUACACCGUGGUACACUUAGGGAAGAAGGUGACGUAGGUGUUCUGUAUGAAUAUGAAUACAAUAAAGGCGUGUAUGUUCGUGGUAGUCAUUAUGUAACCAUUGGAAGAACUAAGGACACAUCGUUGGUCACUCAGGAUGAAGCAGUCAAUGCUGUUGUUACACAGAGGAAAUUAGCACAAAGGAAACACCUCCUUCCAUGGACUUUUAUUACCACGUCAGCAAUCCCAGUUAAAAGCUUAUCCCUUUUAAAUGAAGAAUUACCACCAAAUGUACACCUUCUUACUUUGGCAAAAUGGAAUGACAGUGAUGACACUUACAUAAUAAGAUUGGAACAUUUAUUUGAGAAGGGAGAAGAUGAUGAACUUUCAAAAGAUGUCUCCAUCGAUUUACAGAAUUUAUUUAGUUCGUUUAAAAUUAUAUCAGUGCAAGAAACCUUAUUGAAUGGUGUUAUUCCAUUGACGAAGGAAUCUAAAUUGAUUUGGCCUCAGUUUUCAAUUAAAGAUGCUUCAUCCCUCAAGCGUGAUGCAGAAGAUUUCAGAGUGAAUUUAACACCAAUGCAAAUAAGAACAUUUAUUGUGAAAGUUGAAUUUAAUUAAAUAAAGUAAAUAUCAUUUC